CUGUCAAUUUCAGUUUCAGUAUCCAGUCUCUGUCUCCACUCCAGUGUUUUAUAAAGUUCAAAGUUUUUGGAUUUAUGUCAUGUGGGGUGUGGGGUUAUGUAAGGAUAUGACAAACUUUUUGUUUGAGAUAAUAAUAAUGUAACUUACGAGAUUUAAAGAAAUAACAGCAUCUCUUUAGUCAGAAUCUUUGUCUUUAAGGGUCUCAUAUUACAUUUUAUGAAUUAGGUAGUCAGUUUUCAAUCAUAUAUUUUUAUUCUAUUAUUGGUCCUCUUUAAAAUUUGAUUUGUUUAUAUUUUCCUAUUCACCUCAUAACUUACCAUGUCUGGAAAAUUUAAAUUUGCCAUUGACCGUGGUGGGACAUUUACCGACAUUUAUGCUCAGUGUCCAAAUGGUAAAAUUCGUGUGAUGAAACUGUUAUCAGUUGAUCCUGACAAUUAUCCUGAUGCGCCUCGGGAAGGGAUCCGAAGAAUUUUGGAAGAGGAGACCGGAAUAUUGAUGCCUUCUUCAGAGAAGAUUGACGGCUCGUUGAUUGAAUGGAUAAGAAUGGGAACUACAGUGGCAACCAACGCCCUCCUGGAACGCAAGGGAGAGCGGAUGGCUCUAUUGGUUACCAAAGGAUUUAAGGACGUUUUGUUCAUAGGCAACCAAGCUAGGCCAAAGAUAUUUGACUUGGAGAUUGUGAUGCCAGGAGUGUUGUAUGAGGAAGUGAUCGAGGUAGACUGUCGAGUCAUUCCUGCCUUGGAUGACAAAUGCCAACUCAAACAUCAAUACCCUCGGGUGGUGGGAAAAACUGGGGAACCGUUCCUUAUAACCAAAACUCUGAAUGAGAAUGAACUGUUGAAACAGUUGGCAGAACUGAGGGAGAGGGGAAUCAAGAGUUUGGCUGUUGUACUCAUGCAUUCUUACACGUGUGUAGAAGAUGAACUACUUGUAGGUAAACUGGCUGACCAAUCUGGUUUUGACCAUGUUUCCCUCUCACACCAGAUCAUGCCGAUGGUGCGGAUUGUUCCUCGUGGCUUCACAGCGUGUGCGGAUGCCUAUUUAACUCCUCACAUCAAGAAAUACGUUCAGGGUUUUGCAUCUGGGUUCAAAGAUGAGUUGAAAGGUGUGAAUGUUUUAUUCAUGCAAAGUGAUGGAGGACUUACCCCGAUGGAUAUGUUCAAUGGUUCCCGUGCAGUGUUGUCAGGCCCGGCAGGCGGUGUGGUGGGCUACGCAGUGACGACCCCCGGACCAGACCCUGUGAUAGGCUUUGACAUGGGCGGCACAUCCACUGACGUCAGUAGAUACGCAGGAACUUAUGAACAUGUGUUUGAGAGUACCACUGCCGGAGUCACUAUUCAGGCACCUCAGCUUGAUGUAAACACCGUAGCAGCUGGUGGAGGAUCCUGCUUGUUUUUCCGCUCAGGUCUGUUUGUUGUGGGUCCCGAGAGUGCAGGGGCCCACCCAGGGCCCGUGUGCUACUGCAAGGGGGGCCCGCUGACUGUCACCGACGCUAACCUCGUACUUGGCAGACUCUUGCCUCACUACUUCCCUAAGAUCUUCGGUCCUGAAGGCAAACGACCAUUGGACAAGGACGCCACUGUCAGAGAGUUCACAAAACUUACACAAGAGAUCAACAAAUUCCUGGAGACCCAAAAGCACAGUCCAGAGUCGAUGACUGUAGAGGAAGUAGCAAUGGGCUUCAUAAGAGUGGCCAACGAGGCCAUGUGUAGACCAAUCAGGGCUCUGACUCAGGCCAAGGGUUAUGACACACAGCAGCACACGCUGGCAUGUUUCGGAGGUGCCGGCGCGCAGCACGCCUGCGCAGUAGCGCGAGCUCUCGGCAUGACCAGGGUAGCAAUACACAAGUACGCGGGGAUACUGUCUGCGUUCGGGAUGGCAUGUGCGGACGUGGUGCAGGAGGCCCAAGUGCCAGCGGCUAAGACGUAUCAACCAGACAGUUUUCCGUACCUGGACGAACAGUUGACAGCCUUGGCUGGACAGUGUGCCAGUAAGCUGAAGGCUCAAGGGUUCUCGGCUACACAGAUUGUAACUGAACCUUACCUCCAUCUCCGCUACGCUGGUACAGACUGUGCUCUCAUGUGUGGGGCCGCACAGGACAGCGACAGCCCAGCAACCAAACACGGCGACUUUGAGAAAACAUUCCUCGAUAGGUACCAGAGUGAGUUUGGUUUUACCAUCCCUGACCGGACGAUAGUGGUGGAUGACAUCAGAGUGAGGGGGAUUGGCAAGUCACUUACAAGACCAGAUUACCAGAUUGAGAAGGCAUUUGAACCACCAGCUGUGGACACUACAACAUCAGUGUAUUUCGAGGGUCUUGGCUACACAGCUACUCCGGUAUACCUGAUGUCUGGUUUGAGGGGUGGCCACCAGAUAGCAGGUCCGGCUGUGAUAAUGGAUCAACUCAGCACUAUCCUGGUGGAGCCGGACUGUUCCGCUUCCGUUACUGACUCUGGUGACUUGAUCAUUCACAUCGGCUCUGGGCAGAGGAAGCUCAUCGGCACUGAUUUGGAUCCCAUACAGCUCAGUAUAUUCUCACACCGCUUCAUGAGCAUUGCAGAGCAGAUGGGCAGAGUGCUACAGCGUACUUCCAUCUCCACCAACAUUAAGGAGAGAUUGGACUUCUCCUGUGCUCUGUUUGGGCCGGAUGGAGGUUUGGUCAGCAAUGCUCCACAUAUACCUGUACAUCUGGGAGCCAUGCAGGAGACUGUGCAAUACCAGAUGAAAGUGGUAGGUGACAAUUUUAAGGAAGGAGAUGUGAUUUUGUCCAACCAUCCUAAGGCUGGAGGAUCACAUUUGCCUGACCUUACUGUCAUCACCCCUGUGUUCUACAAAACAGUAGACAAGCCAGUGUUCUUUGUGGCAAGUCGAGGCCAUCAUGCAGACAUCGGUGGGAUUACGCCAGGCUCAAUGCCUCCACACUCCAAGAGUCUGCAGGAGGAGGGGGCGACCUUCAAGAGCUUCAUGUUAGUGAAACAAGGUCGCUUCUGUGAGGCGGAGGUCACUGAAGCUCUCAUGGCUCCUGGAAAAAUCCCCGGCUCAUCUGGGACAAGGAACUUAAAAGAUAACCUGUCAGACCUCAAGGCACAAAUCGCUGCUAAUCAGAAGGGAAUUAACCUGAUGAGGGAGCUGAUAGACUUCUACGGACUGGAGGUAGUGCAAGCAUACAUGGGACAUAUCCAGCAUAACGCAGAGUUGGCUGUGCGAGACAUGUUACGGGACAUUGCUCGGGCCACCCCUGGCCAUCAGCUGACUGCCACGGAGUACCUGGACGACGGAUCUCCCAUCAGUCUCACUGCCACGCUGGACGAGCAGAGUGGCAGUGCAGUGUGUGACUUUAGUGGGACGGGCCCAGAAGUGUGGGGCAACUGUAACGCACCAAGGGCCAUCACACUAUCUGCUCUUAUCUACUGUCUCAGAUGCAUGGUGGGGAGAGAUGUACCGCUCAAUCAGGGCUGUCUCAACCCUGUGAAAACAGUAAUACCUGUUGGUAGUCUACUGGACCCUUCCGACAAUGCAGGGGUGGUGGGGGGAAAUGUGCAGACGUCGCAGCGCAUCGUGGACGUCGUGUUCAAGGCAUUCAAGACAUGUGCUGCUUCUCAGGGCUGUAUGAACAACGUAACGUUUGGACAGGAAGGUUGGGGCUACUACGAAACAGUGGCUGGUGGAGCUGGUGCAGGCCCGGACUGGCACGGGCGGAGUGGCGUCCACACACACAUGACCAACACUCGUAUCACAGACCCCGAGGUACUGGAGGUCCGCUACCCGGUAGAGCUGCAGAGGUUCAGUUUACGACCAGGGUCGGGUGGUGGGGGAAGAUAUCGUGGAGGUGACGGAGUCAUCAGAGAACUGCGCUUCAGAGCAAGCAUGACACUGUCCAUUCUCACUGAGAGGAGGGUGUUUUCCCCGUAUGGUCUGAAAGGUGGGAUGCCAGGAGCCAAAGGGUUGAAUCUAAUGAUAAAAUCUGAUGGAAGAGUUAUAUACCUUGGCUCAAAGACAGCGAUCAAUGUUGAACCUGGGGAUGUGUUUCAACUAUUGACACCAGGAGGAGGAGGCUGGGGGGAGGGGGAUGGUGAUGAGUCAGUUCCUCCCACCAAAACUCCCAAGUUCUUGGAGCGUGGAAGUGUCUUCGAGUACCGCAAAGCUCAAGAAUCAGUUUAGAGUGAAAAUAAGCCCAGGAACAAAUUACAGGAUUUAUUGUUAUAGUUACCAAAAUGUUAUAAUUGUUAAAAAAUAUAUUUUUAAUAUUGUUAAUUGUUA